CUUCGUAUCUGUCACAGACUCUUCAAGAGGCCGAGGCUAUGAGCAUUGAGCUGAAUUAGUUGCAUUUUUUGUGCCAAUACGACUCGGCUUCCUCGGGAACUCCCUUCCCUUCACCCUUUACUUUUCUCUACGUCCCAUUCUCCAUUCAAUUUUUCAUUUUUUCCUCACCCAUUUUCUUCAAUUUUCUUUUCCUUCCCCAAAUCCACCGGCGACCCUCCGACCCAUCUCCCUCCGCCGCUUUCCGACGGAAUCACCGUCAUUACCAGCUGUUUAGGCCUGUUUUCUCGUUGCCCAUCAUCGUAAUUUUGUUUUCAGGCGGUGGGAUUUCGAGGGGUCGGAUCGGUAUAGGUUUUGAAAGGAGGGGGAAGGUCGAAGAUCGAAGAUCGAAGAUUAGGGCUUUUGGUCACUUGGGUAUCUCAGAAAAUGGAGACAUCGGCUUCUAAUUCCGAUCCUUACUCCAAUUCUUCUUCACCCACAAGUGCUCGUACCUCCUCCAGAUAUGGGGUCUCGCUCCCUUCGCUGAAUUUCUUCCGUUCGCCUUUGUCCGUCAUCUUGGAUUACUCUGGAAUUCUUCCCACUAGGGCUGUUCGUCAUGAAUCGGAGCCUGUAAUCAACGCCGCUUCCACUCCUGAUUUGCGGGUUUAUUCUCAAAAUCAAAAUCACUUAAUGACCACUUCUUCGUCUUCUACUGCCUCAACCUCUUCCGGUAAUACCGUCUCCUCUGGGGAGGUUUCGAUUAGGAUUAUUGGGUCUGGUGAGCAAGAUCCUUCUCCCAGUGUGUUGUUGCCGCCAAAUCAGGCUCCGGUUGGACAAGCGGGUUAUGAGCAAAAUGCCAGGCUUCCUAUUUCUGGGGAUCAGCCGGAAUCCCCUGACGAGGAACGAGUUCCUUUGGUGUCAACUUCUUCUUCAUCUAUUCAAUCGGGAAGCAGUCGUGUCCAUGCAGAAUCUGGAAAUGGCACGGAAGAGACUGCCAAUAGAGAUUCGUCAUACCAGAGAUAUGAUAUUCAGCAGGUUGCCAGAUGGAUUGAACAGAUUCUUCCAUUCUCUUUGCUAUUGCUUAUAGUCUUUAUCCGUCAGCAUUUAGAAGGUUUUUUCAUCACAAUUUGGGUAUCAGCUGUUCUGUAUAAGUCGAACGAUAUUGUCAAGAAACAGACUGCUCUAAAGGGGGAGAGGAAAAUUUUUGUUCUUGCCGGUACUUCUAUCGCAUUUUUGGUUCAUGUAAUUGGGAUUUACUGGUGGUGUCAUAGUGAUGAUCUUCUGUCCCCGUUAGUCAUGCUUCCACCAAAGACAGUUCCACCUUUUUGGCAUGCCUUGUACAUCAUUUUGGUUAACGAUACGAUGGUGAGGCAGUUGGCAAUGGCUUUCAAAUGUCUUCUUCUUAUCUACUACAAAAAUGGCAGAGGCCAUAACUUUCGCCGGCAGGGUCAAAUUUUAACGCUUGUGGAAUACUCUCUUCUGUUGUACCGUGCAUUAUUACCAGCACCCGUAUGGUACCGGUUCUUCUUGAAUAAAGAUCAAGGGAGCCUCUUUUCAUCACUGACAACAGGAUUGUAUUUAACCUUCAAGCUAACGUCUGUGGUUGAGAAGAUUCAAUCAUUCGUUGCUGCAUUUAAGGCUCUAUCACAAAAAGAAGUUCAUUAUGGAUCAUAUGCCACAUCAGAACAGGUAAAUGCUGCGGGAGACCUCUGUGCUAUCUGCCAGGAGAAGAUGAAUGCUCCAAUCCUGUUACGUUGUAAGCACAUCUUUUGUGAAGAUUGUGUUUCUGAAUGGUUUGAAAGAGAAAGAACUUGCCCUCUUUGCCGGGCACUCGUAAAGCCUGCAGAACUUCGAACAUUCGGUGAUGGGUCAACCAGCUUACUCUUCCAGUUGUUUUAGACGAAAACCGUCGAUUACUCGACAUAACAAUACUAUCACUUCAACAAAGAAAGAUAUUGUUUAUCAGAUGGAAACAGGGAGAAGUAGAAGAACAAAGAAAAAGGGAGAACUAGACAUCGAGGUAAGUCUUAAGAUAUUGUCAAAUUCAAAAUGCUUUAUAAUCAUUGAGAGCUGUUUAUAUGAAUUGUUGGUGAUAAGUGUUAUCUGUAAAGAUUUAUUCCCUGUAAUUUAGGUCUGGAAAGGGCUGCCAUGUGAAUGCGAUGGUCAGUCUGUAGUGAUGGUGUAAACAGAAUUUGAUAUUGAUUUCUAUGUCAAGUAAUUGUUGUUCCAUGCA